AUGGAUAACUGCGCGGCAAUUUCAACGUGUCCAUGAUCAACACUGAUGACCGAUAGUAUCUGAAAACCCUAUAUCUACUCCCCCCCCUCAUAUCGAAGCCUGUCGGCCACUCGUGGUCUAGGGAUUCGAUGCCGGCCAACUGCAAUGAAUGAAAGUUUGCGGAGUCGUGGCAGCCUGGAGCGGCUGGACCUGCCGGACGACAUGGAUCUCAAUGACUUGGCCGACGGACGUGGCCCCGAACUCUGGCUCGACCAUGCCGUCGCCAAGUUGCGGUCCGCACUAGACGAAAAGAGUCGCCACGACGAGAUGCUGAGGCUGCACGCUCGCCUAUCCAACAUGCCGCUCAGUGGCAGAAGUGGCACGAUCAAUACAGAAGAGCUCUGUCACGUAAUCACUACCGCACUUCUCCCUCUUGAUCAGACAACAGAUCUGGCCUCUCGAGGCCCUGCGGCAGAACUCGCCCUGGCUUGCCUGGCCCUGCUCUCGCCCGCCCUGGAUGACUCUACACUACUGACUGUCAUAGCAUAUACGGAAGACAGUGCACCCUGGACCACCGAGGGGGGAGCUCGUCUUGCGGCUGAACUCAUCCAGUCACAGCUAGACCCAAUGAGACUGGAUAAUUUCAUCAGCGGACCCCUUCUUCAAGGCUACAUUCGCCCAAUGAUCUCAUCGACAACGUGCAGCAGGCUCACUGGCUCAGGGAGACCAGUUCAGUUUCAUCAAAACACCGGCGUCUCUCGAAACGCCCUGCCGGAUGCACCAUGGAAGCGUUGCGAACCCCCAGUGAUGACCAUCUUCGGCUGGGCAGUAGAGAAGGCAAAUAACACUCUAGUUGAUGAGAAGUGGCCACUCUUCUUGCCCGCUCUUCUCGCCUUUACGACAGACUAUGACGCCAUGGUGCGGGAAAAGGGUCUCCGUUUUGUGUCCAUCUUUCUGCAUAAACUGUCGGCCAGGAUCCUCAAGAAAAGCGGAGUUGGGGAUCUCCUGCAGGAUGCCAUCUUUCCGACUCUCCUGUCCCUCCCGAGCGUGACACCCGAGCGUCAAUCCGCUAUGCUGCUCCGCGCCGCAUACCCAGUGUUCCUGCAGCUGGCCGAAGCAGAUCCAGAUCCCAAUCACCGCUUUAAGAAGAAUGUCUUGGACAAAGUUUUGAGAGACGGAAUUUUGCAAGGCUACUAUCAUGCCGUCGAGUACGCCACCAUCGUUGAGAUUUUGUUGCACAGUGCCGCCAGCGUCGUGUCUUGCUUAGGUCUCUCCUCUGUACGACAUCUUCAGGGUCUGCUUGAUAUGGCUGAGUCAACAAUGACCGAUCCAUUCGCAGUGGCCUAUCCUCCCGCAAUCGAAGCCGCGAUCAACCUGUUAUGCUCUAUUAUGUGGCAUUGUUGGCCGAGGAUGUCUGGGCAGGCACAUGGACCGCGCGUAAUUCGUGCCGCAGCAGUGUGUUGGUUAAACUUGCAGGAUCAAGAGCAGCACGAGAACGAGCUCAUGUCGGCAGGUGACAGGCAGCUUCUCCAAGAUCGGCUUCGCAACCUGGCGAGGUUGCUCAUGGCUGCCUGGGGGGAGCAAAAGCCCGGAAUGGGGCAAAAGAUAUCCGAAGCAAUGAAAAAGGAGCCUCGGCUCACUGCACUCUUUGCAGAGGAUGCGAGCGGCAUGCAACAUGGCGAUGGGAGGCGAGAACAGGCCGCAACACUCCCAGGUUGAGGUAAGACUUAAUCGAGCGGCUGUUGUUUGAAGAAAGACUUUCCGCGAAGCCAUUUACGAUACGCCUUGUAUCGUUUCUUGGCACCGUCUUCCUCUGUCACAGUGAGAGGGUUCUCGCCGACUCUGAGCAGCUCCGCAUAUACAUCCACUUCUUCUUCAAUGCCGGCCACCAUGAGCCCGUGGUCGCGCCAACUGCCGUUGACGUACUCUUGGUAUUCCGAUGAAUCCAUGUCGAUGGGAGCAUCGGUAGAAACCACGAGAGGCAAAUUCUGUGGAUGGCAUAUAUAUCGCUCAUAGUCUUCAGCUUCCUGCUCUCUCACAAACGGGUUGAGAGAGUCGCGGACUGCCGUGGUGAAAGUCCACUGUGCGGCCUUGGACUUUUCAAGAGCAGUUGGUUUGGUCUUGUUGCGUUCUAGAGACAAACUGAGGCCAGUGGUAGCCACCAUGGUCCCUGCACCCGGCAUAACGGCUUGGUCUCUAUCAUGCAGUGGCUGCAGCCAACGCUGCAGUGACAUAGACUUGGCUGUUGUUCGUCCCGAAGCGAUGGAGGCAGAAUCGUCAUCGCGCGCGGGCAGCUGCGGUGAGCCUGAUGGGCUGCUGUAGGAUGGGUCUCGCUUCGUCUUCUUCUUGUCGGCCUCGGUGUCCCCGUCAGUGCGCACGCGGAAAGGGCUGAGGUCGUAGCGGCCGUCCUGCGUUGACUUGAGCGGAAUGUACUUGAUUGUUGAGUUCAUCUUGUAAGCGAACAUUUUAGGGAACGAAGACAAAGUCGCCGGACGGUAAUACUCGAGCCAAUAGUCGUCGAAAAACUCCACUGGGUGAGAGGCGACCGGACCGCGCAAGGGUAAGCGUGGGGGAACGGGCCUGUCGCGGAGAUGUGCCAAGGUAUACCAGUUUAUGUACUUGAAUUGCUUCGCGGCAGACCAGUCUUUGGGGUCGGCGUGGUGCAGGUAAUAGUCUGUAGCAAGGUCCCAGAGCAUGGGCUGCCCUUGAGUGAAGAUGUAGUUGCCCAG